AUGUGUGAUACAAAUCUUAUUACUUUAAAUACAUGGUUGUUAAGAGAGGAACACAGUAAAUUGAUCAAUAGAGUAGAGUUUGCCAAUUUGAUGAGUGGUAUCGCUCUGGCAUGCAAGAUCACAUCGAACGCUAUAAAGAGAGCCGGUUUCGAACAGUUGUUUGGUUUGGCCGGUGUUACCAACGUCCACUCUGAAGACGUCAAAAAGUUGGAUAUCGUUGCCAACGAUGCAUUCAAGACCGCUUUGAAGUCGACUCGUGAAGUCUUCUGUAUGGUCUCUGAAGAGGAGGAGUCAAUCAUUCCAGUGCCAGAGCACCAAUCCGGUCAGUUUGUCAUUACAUUCGAUCCACUCGAUGGUUCAUCCAAUCUCGAUGCCAAUGUCUCUGUCGGUUCCAUCUUUGCCAUCUGGCCCAAAGUAUCAACUGAUUCCAAUUUCUCAGAUAAAGAUGUAUUGAGACCAGGUAGACAAAUGUAUGCCGCUGGUUAUGCACUCUAUGGUAGCGCUACUAUGUUGGUGUUGACACUGGGUAACGGUGUGUUUGGUUUCACAUUGGAUUACACAGUCGGUGAGUUCGUACUGACUCACGCCGAUAUGAAGAUUAAGCCACGUGGAUCGAUCUACUCGAUCAACGAGGGUAACAGUGUAUUCUGGGAGAAGGCAACCGCAGAGUAUGUCAAUUCAAUCAAGAGUGGCAGCAGUGGUCGUGCUCCAUACUCAUCGCGUUACAUCGGUAGUAUGGUUAGUGAUGUCCAUCGUACUCUGCUCUACGGUGGUAUCUUUAUGUACCCAGGCGAUACUAAAUCACCAAACGGUAAGCUCCGUUAUCUCUACGAAGUCGCACCACUCUCAUUCAUCGUCGAGCAGGCCGGUGGUAAGUCUUCAGACGGUAAACAACCAUGUCUGGAUAUUGUUCCAAAGACCAUUCAUCAACGUAACCCUGUAUUCAUGGGAAGCUCACAUGAUGUAACCGAUCUUGAAUCAUUCCACAAGAAAUAA